GCCAAGAAGGAGAGCGAGUUAGUUGCAUCCUUAGCCAUCUCCCUCUCAUCGUCAUCAUCGAUCGUAGGUUUUUCCCAGUCGAGACCGCAACGAUUACAGCGAGCAAUCUGACCACGCCACAGGAUUCUCAGACCCAGCGGCUUCCGAUUCCUCGAUUAGAGAGGUCCAAAUCGAUCUUCUCGCCCCCGCAGUGACUCUUUGAAUCGCUCGCAACUACCUUUUGUCCGAUCGAAACCGGAUUCCAGUUAGCAGGAAUCUAUCUCGCUUGGGCUCGGAGACUCGGGAGGCCAAUCUUCGCCGUCUUUCUGCUUGUUAUUAAUUUUUUAAUGGGCGGAAUUAGGGUUUGAAGUUUGAAGGUCGUCGUGGUUUUUCUCAGGUGCUUUGAGGUGAGGGUGGGAUAUUUUCCCUCUUUCGUUUCCUCGCCCUCGGUUUCUCCUUGUUAGGGCUUGCUGUGCCCGAUUGGGAGCACUGUUGUUUUGGGGGAGUAUUGGGGUCGUUCUGCUAAAGAAUUGAGGUAGUUUUGUGGUUGCAUCUUUGCUUCGUUUCAAAUCCGAGUGCCCUCCCAUGGGUGUCUGAUGCCGUGAAAUGCAUGCAUAAAGGUUGACGCUUAACCAUCUGAGCAAAAAUAGGUUUUUCCCACUCCCCUGACAGUUUAGCUGUCUUGCUAGACAAAGCCCUUUCAAUUUUAUGGUGCAAACUUAGAGCCUGUGGUGGAUGCACGACUCGAGAGUGGCUCUUCAUUUAGGAAACUUCACACUUCCUCUGGGCAAGGUAGUGGGAUGGGCUUCUGUUGUUGAUGUGUUUUGUUUAGGAAGUAAAAUUGGAUGAGUAAGUUGGUUCAAAAUUGGAUGUAGAGGUAGAGGAUCUUAACUGUAUAUUGAUAAUGGUCUGUGUGGAAAAUGGAGCAAGGUGAGCCAGCGUUGGUUCCGCAGUGGUACAAGGUUGCAAACGGGAGUGCAUCAACCAAUGGCCUGCGAACCAGUUCAUCCAAACGUUUUGAUGAAAAUGGUGUGGGACUUAGCCCAAGGAAUAGAUUACUAGACGACCAAGAGAGGAAUCUGCGCCGGAGCUUGAGCUCGAAUGGUUGUGUAGUUCGUGAGAAAGGUAAUUCUGGCAGAUCUCAGGCUUACAGUAGUUUCAGGAGAUCUCGGGAUAGGAACCAGGAUAAGGAUUUUGAUUUCCGUGACAGAGAAAACAAGUUGCAUUCGCUUGACAAUGAAUUUGAAUAUCAUGAUUCAGCAAUAGGAGUUAGGUCUGAAGAACAUGCCUUAAGGCGGUCUCAAUCUUUUGUAGCAGGAAGGCAAGUUGAGUCUUGGCCAAAAAAGCUUGGAAGUAGUGGAAAUAACAAUUCUCCAUCUAGGGGAAGUACUAUUGGAAGUAUCGGCAAAACCUCAUUUGACAAAGAGUUCCCAUCUCUUCGAGUUGAAGGAAAGCAAGGCUUCUCAGAUGCAGUUGUUGUGUCACCUCUUGGUCUUAGAACUGCUGUUCAGAGUCUUCCUACUGGCUCUCCUGUCAUAAUUGGAACUUCAGCCCUGGCACAAGUACCAGUCAAAGUUGAAACUGAUGGAAGUAUAAACUCACCUGUUCUACAGGCUUCUACAGUCAAUCAUGCAUCUACACCAGGAAGCAGUAUGCCAGGAUUAAACAUGGCAGAGGCAUUGACUCAAGCACCAUCUCAAGUUAGUGAAACUCCACAGUUGCUCAUAAACUCUCAAAGGAUUGAGGAACUCACUCUUCGGAAAUGCAAGCAGCUGAUACCCAUGACACCUUCAUUGCCUAAAGCCUUGAAUGGCGGCAACCUGUCAGAUAAGGCAAAAUCUAAAGUUGCAAGAGGUGGGGAUUUUACUUCUCUUACCAAGGCUGGCCAACUGUUGCACGUGAACCAAACUAUUCGGUCGCCAACUAAUUCUGAUGUUGCAAAGACAUCUUCAGUGGGGAAUUUUCAGGUUCUUAACCGAGAGAAGAAUGGCAUCACCUCCGUUGCUAAAGAUGGUCAAGGUCUAAGCAAGAUUGUGAACCCCGUUGGUCCCAUCUUGUCUUCUGCAUUUCUUCCUUCAAAGGUCUCAACUGACCAGAAUGUUAACAUCGACAAGAAUACAGGGGAUAGAAAAAUCCUUUCUCAAGCUCAAAAUAGGAAUGCCUUCUUCAAUUUGCUAAGGAAGAAAUCUUCAAAUAAUUCAAGUACUAUCUCAGUGCCAAGCUCACUCGAACCAACACUGAGUGCAGAAAAGUCAAAUGGAGAGCAACAGCACAACACCUUCCCUGUUAAUAUGAUGAAAAAUAACCUUCCAUCAGUAUCUGCUGGUUUUGAUGGACCAACAGAUAUUGGAAGUAUGAAUCUAGAUUUUUGUGCUUCAGAUCAAUCUGAGAGAUCUUUUGCUGAUGACAAUGUAGAAACUAAUCUCAACUCAGACAAUGUUGUCGAUCCUGAGGAGGAAGCCUUCUUACGGUCCCUUGGAUGGGACAAAAAUGGCUGGGAGGAAGCUCUGACUGCGGAGGAGAUUGAUGACUUUCUUAAGAAGUAUGAGAAGCAGAGACCACUGAAGAUUGUGCCCGAGUAUAUAGACGGAAGCAACUCGUCUGGUGCUGAAACUUGAAGAUCGAGACCAAGCAUAUUUUGGUUCAAUAUCGAAUGCUGUUAGUGAGCUAAUUCCUUUUUUUUUUUUUUUUUCCUGAAGUGUUUUCUCAUUGAUAUUUAUGGGAACUUGAGAUACGAGUUGUGAAAAAUAUAGAAUGCUGAAAAGAAAAAAUCAAUGAGUUUUGUUUUCC